AUGCCUUCAUUCAUCAACGGGAACACAAACCCCAAUGAGGUCCAUGUUGCCGAACACGGCCAUGGCAAUACAGAGCCAAUGGCCAUUAUUGGCUUAGCCAUGCGUGCUGCCGACGAGGCCACGGAUGCAGAGGCCUUCUGGGACUUUCUUCUGAGAGCACGACAAGCGGCUCGCCCAAUCCCAGAGGAUAGACUCAGCUCCAAGGGGUUCUAUCACCCAGACCCGAACCGCGGGGGAACGUUCUCCGUGAAAGGCGCUGCGUUUCUCGAGGAGAGUCCAAAUGGGUUUGAUGCUGCCUUUUUCAAAAUGAGCAAGACUGAAGUGCAAAGUCUUGAUCCUCAGCAACGAAUUUUGAUGGAAAACGUGUACCACGCAUUAGAAAAUGCUGGCCUCCCAAUGGAAGAUGUCAUUUCCUCGAACACGUCUGUGUUUGUUAGCGGCUUCAACUACCACCAUGCCGAUCGUCUGAACAGUGAUCUAGAGCUCUCUUUCAAGCACAAGCCCACCGGAGCUGAGAAUUCCAUGAUUUCUGGAAGGGUGAGCUGGUUCUACGAUUUUCAAGGAGCUAGUCUCACAAUCGAUACUGCCUGCUCAAGCAGUUUGGUGGGCCUUCAUCUAGCCAGACAAAGCCUGGAGGCAAAGGAGAGCGAAAUGGCCAUUGUGAGUGGUGUCAGCGUGAUUGGUUACCUUCCCCAUUUGAUGAAAAUGUCAUAUUCCGGGCUCCUAGGGUCGGAGGGCAAGUCCCUGGCAUUUGACAAACGAGCAGGCGGAUACGGACUUGGGGAGGGUGUAGGAACAGUGAUUCUCAAGACCUUAUCCGCCGCUGUUCGCGACGGUGACACGAUUAGAGCCGUCGUCCGAGGUACUGGCCUCAAUCAUGACGGUCACACCCCCGGAAUGACAUAUCCAAGCUCAGCUGCACAGGAGUCACUGAUUCGCAAAACCUACAUGGCUGCAGGCCUGGACCUCAGAGAUACAACAUAUGCUGAAAGCCAUGGAACUGGAACCCAAGCUGGAGACUUGAUGGAGUGCACCGCAAUGGCUGCUGCAUUUGAGACAGGGAAGCGGGACUCGCCCUUCUACAUUGGUGCUGUCAAGCCCAACGUUGGACAUCUCGAAGGAGGCGCUGGCAUCACCAGCCUCAUCAAGUCCGUCCUUCUUUUGGAGGCAGGUAUUAUUCCGCCAAAUGCGACGCUGGAAGACAUUAAUCCGAAGAUUCGCCCUGAGUGGAAUUUUCAAUUCCCUACUCGCUGCAUGCCAUGGCCCACCUCUGGCAUCCGACGAUCAUCUAUCAGCUCGUAUGGAAUUAGCGGGACAAAUGCACACUGCAUUUUGGAUGAUGCAUACCAUUACUGCAAUCAACGAGGAAUCCCCGUUCGACAUAAAACCACUGAAAUUGUACCCUCAGAGAAGGACAUUGAGCUCAUUGUCGCAAAAGCUGUCGGGCGAUACCAGGUUGAUGGCACCAACGGAGUCGAUGGCAACAAUGGAGUCAACGGCAGUAAUGGAGUCAAUGGUACCUACCUGAACUUUGGAGAGGUAUCGACCAAAGUUUUCCAAGUGCCGACUCUGUUUCUUUUGUCAGCAUUUGAUGAAAAGAGUUUAGAGAAGGUCGUUGCGCAAAUCCAAAAGUACGUCUCGUCUUUGCCUUCAGACUCUGCCGGGCAAGCAUUGCAUGAUCUUGCGUUUACUCUAUCGACAAAAAGAUCUCGACUUCCUUGGAGAAGCUAUGCCCUAUGCAAUUCUGUGAAGGAAUUCCAUGACAAGCUAUCCAAGCUGCCUUCAAAGGCGAUCAAAUCACGAUCGCCCCUGCGAGUGGGCUUUGUCUUCACCGGCCAAGGAGCUCAAUAUGCACAGAUGGGCCAGCAGCUUCUUGUCUAUCCAGUUUUCAGACAAUCCCUUGAAGCGGCAAGUCUCUACAUCAAGUCACUGGGUUGUGAUUGGUCGUUACUGGAAGAGCUUGAAAAAGAUGCAAAAGACUCCAGGAUAUCCAAAUCUGCGUUCGCUCAUCCUUUAUCUUGCGCGGUUCAGAUUGCGCUGCUUGAUCUUCUACUUAGUUGGAAUGCUAUCCCUCACCGUGUGGUGGGGCAUUCGUCAGGAGAAAUUGCAGCAGCUUACUGCGCAGGUAAGAUCUCACGAGAGGGAGCAUGGAGAGUGGCCUACUUCCGGGGUCAUGUCCUCCUCCGGGGAAAGACGAAUCGUGUAGGCGGCAUGCUUGCAGCUGGAAUUGAAGAAGAGCGUUUGCUUCAUCUUCUCAACCAGGUGCACGCAGCACUGCCGGGUGGCACUUUGUCAAUCGCUUGCUACAACAGCCCUCGGAAUCACACAAUUUCGGGUGAUGAUGCGAUGGUGGAUGCGUUGAAAGUCUUGCUCGACGAACAAGGGAUAUUCACCCGGAAGCUAAAAGUCGAGCAUGCUGCCCAUUCCGCUCACAUGGAGCAAUACACCGAGGAAUACGAAGAGCUUGUGGGUGAUUUGCCAUCAAGUCAUCUCUUGCACUUUGACCAUACCGUGCAUAUGUUCUCUACUCUCACGGGUCGCUUGUUGGAUGAUUCUUGUGUGCCUGAAAAGUCUUCGCAUUGGUCUAACAGCAUGGUCCGCCCCGUCGAAUUUACGAAGGCGGUUUCUUCGAUGUGCUUUGACUCGACUCAGGGCGAUAGCUCCUCUGCUCAGGGUACUCAGGUGGACGUUAUUCUGGAAGUCGGGCCUCAUCCAGCAAUGCAAAGUGCAGUUAAGGAUAUUCUCGGUUCACACUCUGACAUUCCAUACUUGGCCACCCUGAGCCGAAAGGAUACUGGGUUGGACACACUGCUUGACACAAUAGGCAGUCUGGCUGCCCGCGGUGCCCCUGUUGAUCUGGACAAGGUUAACAGGUCAACGAACCCCUCAGUUAAGCCCCAACUGAUCGUGAAUCUGCCCCCGUACCCAUUCAACCACGAGGAACGAGGACUUUACGAGAGCCGGUUGAUCAAGAACACACGUCUUCGCCAGUUUCCUCGACAUGACUUGUUUGGGGCCCCUGUACCAGAUUGGAACCCCAAUAGCCCGCGUUGGCGCCAUUUCCUGCGCGUUUCAGAAAACCCGUGGUUAAAAGAGCAUGUAAUCGAUGACGAUUUUGUUUUCCCCGGAGCUGGUUAUGUGGUAAUGGCAGUGGAAGGCAUGAAACAAAUCACAGAUCACGCCGAGAUGGUCGGCAUUUCCCUGAGGGAUGUCAAAUUCAAAGCAAUGCUCGUGGUUCCAGAUGAUACGCAAGGCGUAGAGGUGUGCCUUUCCUUUUACCCAGUGCCAGAAUCGAAAACCUCGUUGUCAACUGCAUGGAAGAGGUUCGAGGUGGCCUCUUACAACCAGGAAACUGAGGAGUGGAUUGAGCAUUGCACGGGUGAAGUCUCACCAGAUUUUAAGAAGCCACUCAAUCCAAUCGAUGGUUCUCGCCCGGAGGAGGCCGAGAAGGCCCAAUGGUCGGCAUUUGCGGAGUCCAGAGAGAACACUUGCAAGGUGCCAAUUGACUUUACGCCUGUUUACAACCACCUCAGAGAGAUCGGUGUCAAUCAUGGGCCCUCCUUUCGCAACCUGGCCAACGUCAACAUUGGCGAUCGAGAACAAGGACUGAUGACAGGCGACAUUAUUGUCCCAGACAUCACGGAGCUGAUGCCAAAACAGUACGCGCAUGAACAUCUAAUCCAUCCUACCACUCUGGAUAAUGCAUUCCACGCGUCAUUUGCAUCGAUAUAUGAUCUUGAUGGCAAGACAAUGAUGCGUCGGGGCUGUGUCCCCGGCUACGUUCGAGACAUUUGGCUGUCUACAACCGCGCACUCAUCUGAAGCUGGCACCAUCUUGCGUUGUACUAGUGAGGCUUCUCAUGCUCUGCACGGUGGUUUCGAGAGUACAGUGCAUGCGUGGAACCCGUCAAACCCCAGCGAAAAGUUCAUGUCACUGGCAGGUAUCCGGCUGUCUCCAUUCAAGCCCGAAUCCAGUGAUACUACCGCCGCUGAAAAUAGGACUUGUUAUUCAGUUGAAUGGCACCCGGAUCUGAACCUUCUUACGAAAAAGGAGUUUCAGAAGCUUUUGCUAAAAUCUCCUAUUCCGCUGGAGACGUAUGAUACUCAGUUGAAACGGUUCAGUCAACUGCAGCUGGCUUCAACUCUCUUGGCCACUGAUGGUCUUCAGGCCACUCGUGGAGUGAAAUAUUCCAGCCUGGAAGAUCAUCAGAGACACUAUAGAGAGCUUCUUCGGAGCAUCGCCGCUGGUGUCGCAACUAACAAUAUCCCAUAUGUCUCUUUGGAGAUGUGGCUGAAUUAUUCACGGAACCCCGCCCUGAAAGAGCAACUCUAUCGUGAGAUUGAGGACCGGAAUCCCGAUGGCGCCCUGCUCGUCAGAAUGGGAUCAGAAAUCCCAUCCAUCUUAAGAAAGGAGAUCACAACCCAACAUCUUCUUUUUGACAAGGACAACCUUUUCUCGUUAUGGGAUGACAAUAGACUGUCGCGGGGCGACAUACUUCCCGCGCUUACCCAAUAUCUCACUCUCCUUCGCAAGAGCCAGCGCAGCCUUCGCAUCCUGGAUGUGGGUGGCCGCACAGGAGCCCUGGCUGAACACGUGCUCAAGACACUCUGUGGAGAUAGCACUGGGGAUUCCAUCGAGCAGUAUGUCAUUGGUUCUCAAUCAGCUGAUCGUCUUGAGACGCUGAAGAAGCGCCUUGCUGCGUGGGUGGACAUCAUCAAAUACGAAACAGUUGACUUGGCAGCCAAGUCUUCCGAGCAGGAGAUCCAGCCCAAACCCUUUGAUCUCGUCAUCGCCAACAACUUUGUUCGGGGCCAGCCGAACAUGGAAGAGAUUAUGGUGCGACUGAACUCUUUGACACGACCAGGGGGUCGGCUGCUUGUUCUUGAGGAGGUCCGACCGGAGUCUCUCCACGCCAAUAUCAUAUUUGGCUCCUUGCCCGGAUGGUGGGAAGCAACCGAGGCCUCUCGCGAAGCUGGCAACUUCGCCGACAAGCUCGAGUGGGACAGAGUCCUGCGGAAGACUGGGUUCUCCGGAAUUGACUUUCAAGCUUCAAGCUCCGUCUAUCCUGAGUUCGCUGAUUUUUCUUUGAUGGCAUCUACUGCAUGUCACAGGAUAUUGGAGGCUACGGUUCCUUCAUUGGAAGUCCUCGUGAUAAUCCAGUCCCACUCGGAGAUCUCUCGUUUGCUCGCCACAAGAUUGCUCAGUGCAGGAGUCCCUCAUUCGGUCUGUCACAUCGAUGACCUCCGUUCCGAUAGUGUGAUUGGCAGAGUCUGCAUCUCUUUGCUCGAGGCUGAGCAGCCCAUUCUGAACGCCAUGGACCGGACUAGAUUCCGAGUAAUUCAGAAUCUGGUUACUGCGUGCGAUUCACUGUUGUGGGUAACUGGAGAUCCCUUAGCGCAGCCAGAAUUCCAAAUUGCAACGGGCUUGAUUCGUACCAUUCGCUGGGAGCUGGAUCGUAAUGAUCUGAACUUGGUCACAUUUUCCCUGGAUAACGAGCCUACAGCUUCUGCCGACGGAAACGUUGAUGCUUUGAUCCGAGUUCUACAGUAUCAAUUCCUUAACCAGUGGUCAAAAGACUCUAGCAACACCAAUGCCGAGUAUUGCGUUCGAGAUUCAGUGGUCGAAACAAACCAUAUCGUCAAAAACACGGUGGCGAGCACCGUCAUUGAAGCGCAGUUUUCACCACCAAAGCCGAUACUUUCAACCUGGGAAAAUAUUGAACGACCUGUUCGCUUGAUCAGUACGAGCCCGGGAGUUGAUUCUCUCACAUGGGUCACCGAUGAAGAUAUUUCAGAAAAGCCACUUGCUGCGAAUGAAAUCGAGAUCGAUGUCCAUGCUGUCGGGCUAAACUUCAAAGAUCUGUUGGUAGCCAUGGGGGAGAUUGAUCAGCCAGGCUUUGGACACGAAGGCGCUGGUAUAAUUGUCGGAGUAGGCUCGUCCGUGAGCACUUUCAAGGUUGGUGAUCGAGUGAUGUACCUAGGGGACCCUUCGCCUGGUAGAAUGGGUACCUUGCGUACCCGCAGCCGCAUCCAUUCCGGGCUUGCUAUCAAGAUUUCCGACACGAUGGGUUUCGAAAUUGCCGCAGGACUGCCCAUCAUCUAUGGCACAGUGAUCUACUCGUUGGGCCAUGUCGCUCGACUCUGCGCCGGUGAGAAGGUCUUGAUCCAUGCGGCUGCCGGCGGUAUCGGGCAAGCCGCCAUUCAGUACGCUCAGGCCAAGGGAGCAGAGAUCUUCGUGACCCUUUCAAGCCUUGAGAAGAAGCAAUUCAUCAUGGACAACUCCCACAUUCGCGCCGACCACAUUUUCUCGAGUCGCGAUUUGAAUUUCUCGGCAGGCAUCAAACGCAUCGCGCCUGCUGGCGUGGAUGUCGUUCUUAACUCACUUAGCGGUGAAGCAUUGCGAGAGUCCUGGGCGUGCGUUGCGCCAUUUGGCCGCUUCGUCGAAAUUGGAAAGCUUGAUUUGCAGGCUGGCUCGAAGCUGGACAUGACGCCUUUCCUCCACAACGUUUCCUUCUCCGGUGUGGACCUCAAUGCUUUGGAUGAAAAGCGGCCGGAGAUCUGCCAGGACCUGUUGCAAGAAACAAUUCAGUUGUGGUCAAACAAAGAUAUCCAUGAAGCUCGCCCAACCCAAGUCCUUGGCUAUGGGCAGUUGAAAGAAGGGUUGCGUUUGUUACAAACAGGAAAAAGCAUCGGCAAGAUUACGCUCGUUCCGGGCACUCAUCCUGUUUCUGUCAUACCAGCGCCACUUUGCCCUCUGGAGCUGGAUUCAAAUGCAUCAUUCAUACUAGCGGGAGGUUUGGGAGGGAUCGGCCGCAGUAUUGCACUCAGGUUGGCUCGUCGGGGUGCCAAGCACCUCAUAUUCCUUUCGCGGUCCGCAACUGUACAUGAAGCAGGACAAGAGACGAUCGCCCAACUCAAGCUUCUUGGCUGUACUAGCCAUGUCUUCCAAUGUGAUAUCUCGGACGAGUCUCGUCUCCUUGAGGUUAUCACCCAGAUUCAAGAAACGUUGCCCCCGGUCAAGGGAUGUAUACAAUGCUCCUUCGUCCUGAAUGAUAGAGCCUUCGACUCCAUGACGCACGAGGAAUGGCAAACUGCCCUGGCUCCCAAGGUCUCUGGAUCUUGGAACCUCCACUGCCUACUGCCAGAUGUUGAUUUCUUCUUGCUGCUGAGCUCCAUCACUGGCAUUGUGGGUAAUCGAAGCCAAGCCAACUACAAUGCCGGCAACAACUUCCAGGAUGCCCUUGCACGCCACCGUGUUUCCAAGGGGAUGCAUGGUGCCAGUGUCAAUCUCGGCGCUGUCGUUGGAAUUGGCUUUAUUGCCGAGAACGCAGAAUACGCCGGAAAACACACGUUUAAGAUGGCCAAUCCACAAACCGAGGAAGAGGUCCUUGCCACCAUCGAGUACCUGAUCGAUCGACGUCAUCACACUACCCUGAGUCCCGAUACCGCGCAGCUAGUCUGUGGUCUCCGAACCCGGGCUUCAUACAGUCUCGGUAACGAAGCCCAGCCGACUCAUCUCAAGUAUCCCAUGUUUGCCCAGCUCCCACCGGCUCUCUCAAACACCGGUACCAGCGGUUCAGAAAUCGCACAAUCGGCCACUCACAUUCGCGAUCACCUCCAGUCCGCUACCGCUUCUGAGGACGCGGCAAGAAUCAUCCACAAGGCGGUGAGGCGCAAGAUGGCCGAUUUGCUUAACAUCCCCGAAGACUCCAUCGAUGACAGCCUCAAUGUUCGUGCGAACGGCGUCGACUCGCUCAUCGAGAUGGAAUUUCGAACCUGGUUUGACAAGGAGCUGGGCGCAACCGUGCCUUUGAAAGAUUUGGCCAAGGACCUGACUCAACUGAGUGCCAGACUUGUUUCGCUGAGCUCCUUUACCAAGUUUCGUUGA